AUGGACGGUCGACCGUCCGCAUCGUCCGAGGCAACGUCGUUCUUGACGCCGACGCCCAAGGAGCUCACGCGAGCCUACAUCCUCACCAGCAACAAGGGCAAGUUUGCCUGCUCCGACGACGUUGCAAUGCUCCGUCAUGUCCUGCGCUGGUGUCCGUGGGAAGCCGCGCAUGGCAGCGUCAUGGCGACGUGGGACCGCGUGGCCGAGGACGUUGCCCAGUCGCCCGACUUCAAGCUCAAAGGCAAGACGGGCGCCGCGCUCAAGUCGCGCUUUGAGACGCUUCUCGUCAAGUUUUGCGCCAACGACAUGCAGCGACUGCGCAAGCUGGGCACGCCCGCUGAGUUCGCCGAGCGCGAGGUCCUUUUGACAGAUAUCCGACUCCAAAUGCAGGGACCAUCCGAGGCCGACGAGACUCGGGCAGAAGAUGAAGACGAGGACGAAGACGAGAACGCGGGUUUGAUUGAGCUGGCCACAGCGUCUGGUGGCACAGUACGGGCCAUCGAGGUCUCGUCACUCUACGACGAUGAACCAUCGACGGCGAACGAGCCAAGGGCGGUCGACGGGCCGUCAUCCGCUAUUCAUGAGGCUGCGGUACAACGACCCAGCACACUCGAGCCAUGUACGCCAGACCAAGACAAUGGCUCGAGUUCUCGAUCAUCUGCCGAGUGCCCCCUGAAGCGCAAGGCGGCGACGCUCGAUGCCGAGGAAAAUUCUCUCAAUGCGUCGCUUGUACGCACGCUGUGUGAAAACCGCACCCGGGACGCGGCUUGCGCAGAGGCGACGCUUGCUCUGGCGCGGGAUCGUCUGGCAUUUGAUCGCGACCAAGCACGACAGCGGCUCGAGAUCGACCGGGAGCGGCUGGCUUAUGAGCGUGAGCGUCUCGAGGUCGAUCGGAAGCUGGCGAGCGUGUUAGCUGAGCAGGUGGCUCAGAACCAGCGCCUGCUUUUGGCCAUUGUGGACAAGCUCAGUGCCAAGUAGCCUUCUAGUCUUGAACGUUUUUGAAG